ACAAAUGUUUUAUGUAAUCAAACUCCAUUAAGGACUCCAAGGGCCAGGGACACUAAAACACACUGGCAAAGAGUUCACUCGAAAAAACUCCAAUACCAUUUAGAAAUAUUCCAAAAUCGUCAACUUCAAGAACUGGCCUCUAGUGAUAACGAUCCCAAAAGUGACACCAACAAUGACAACUUUAACAGUAAAACGAGAAUUAUCCAAUACAGACUAUGGAAAAAAAUAGAACUUGAUUUGAUUAAAAUUAUUAAAAUUAUAUCAGAAUUUAAUUAG